GGUAUUAGUGAUUCCCCUUACCUCGUGCGACCCCUCGCAUAAAAUGUCUUUUCAGUGCACGCGAAGGCGGCUAAACGUUCAAACUGGAUUUUCUCGAAAACAGUUCGGAAUCGUCCGUAAAGACACGUUGCCCGUCGCCCGCCUUUUUAUUGUUCCGUCGAGAACACUUCUAUCGGCGAUCGGCCCGCGUAAUCGAUGAUGAGCGAUCGUAAGCUUAAUCCAGCAGUAAUCUCAGGUGCGAAAAGUUCUCAAGUCAUUUGGCAGAGGAGUUCGUCGAUUUCCUCGCCGGCGUUCGCUCCUCAGUUGAUGACGAGCGGUCGGCGGGUCCGCACGCAUCGACUGCGCAGUAUUCGAAUGAUGUGCUUCUAAAUCGGUGCAUCUAAGAGAGACAUAUAGGAACGUUGUUUAUGGUCAACAGUCGAGGAACCAAAGUUCAUCGCCGAAAAAUACAUUUAUCUAAUCCAGCUGUACUGUCAUACACUGAUAGACACUGGAGGCAAUCAGACAGUUAGCGAUCAGCUUCCCCCGAUUAAGAUUGCUCGUUGCGAAACCGUCGUGACUUCCAGAUGGAGAGCUGAAAUUGAGUUCAACCAUGCGUGCGCCAGGAUCGUACAACUAUCAAUAAAUCGUGACCGGGAAAGUGUCAUCGAACGAUUCUACUUUCAUGCGGCGGCCGACGAGCUGAUUUUUACGUUCUGUGAUUGACAAUUGUGAAAACCGUUUAACGUUCGCCGAAAAAUGCCUGCUCAACUGAGCAAGUUUUUUCUGGAUGCUAGCUGCAAGGAAUAUUGUCAUCCUUGGACCGAUUCCUGUGUCAGCACGACAGCCGGACUCGGUCUGCACGCUCUUCAAGAAAGCAUCAGGAUAUACUCCACUGUAUAUUUAGUCACGCUGUUAUUAAGAGGAAAGGUUCCAUCUAAAAAUGAUAUCAAAAAAACAUUGGCGGGUAUCCUACAAUCUACAGCUUUUCUCUCGUGGAGUGCCUUUUCCUAUGCUAUGUUCAUUUGUUCCCUGAGACGGCUGCUUGGACAAUUUAACUUUCUGACUGUAUCCUUUUUGCCGUCUUUUCUAUCCAGUUUGACAGCUAUUUUUGUCGAAAGACCAUCUAGACGUACUAUGUUAUGUUUAUAUGUAUCUAACAUUGCUACAGAAACGUUAUUUAAAAUGGGACAGGCCAGGGGAUACUAUUCUUCUAUUUCAAAUGGUGAUAUAUAUAUUUUUGCUACAAGUGUGGCAUUGUUACAUUAUUUUUACCGUUCCAAAACAAAUAAACAUGAUUCUAUGUAUAAGAUAUUGAGAAUUGUUACUGGGAAAUAUGAAGAUAUCGAAUAUGUUGAAAACAGCAGAUUGCAAUCUCCAGAGUUGGAGCAUUCUGCAGAUGAAAAUAAUGCAGAGAGCAUAAGGAGAAAGAAUAUCAUAGCUAAAAAGACUCAUGAAAAAAAUAUAUUCCUAAAGUGUCUUGCAGUUUAUAAGAAAAUUAUUGAAACUCUUAAAAAUCUAGGGAAGCAUGUAUCUUGUCCACAUCCUCAUAGUUGUUUUCAUUAUGUAUUAACGGGUGGUAUGAAACUGUUUGGUUAUGGGUUCAGUACUCAGUUACUGCUCAAUAUUGUUUUUCAAUUUAAAAAGUUACGUGCAAAGCCACAGUUAAUUAAAUCUGUAAUAUUUAAGAAAGGCAACCUCAACUUGGCUGUGUUCUUAGGAGGUUUUGUAGGACUUUAUAGGCUAGUUUCUUGUUCCUUAAGGAGAUUUUUCCAGAAAGAUUCUGCAUAUUAUGCGUUUCCAGCUGGAUUCUUAGGUGGUCUAGCAUUUAUGUCUUAUGGUGGUAAUACCAUAGCUUUAUACUUCAUGUGGAAAGCAUUACAAUUACUCUGGAAUGAUCUUGUGGAAAAACAAAUAGUACCUGAGGUGAAAUGGUUUGUGAUUUUCUUAUACUGCUUUAGCACAGCAGUACUCUUCCAUGUAGCAAUUAUUGAGCCACAAAAUUUACGUGUGUCUUACUGGAAGUUCUUGUGUAAUAUUUCUGGAGAUAGGAUAGCAGCUAUGUCUCGGAUACCGUUAGACCAUUUUGGUUUAGAAAGUACUAAAUAUCUUGCAGAGGUGGUCGCGAAAACCAACACCAACGAUAGAAGAAAUUACUUGUUUUAAUUUUGUAUUUAGAAAAAAAAGAACUAUUGGGUUUUAAUUUUAUGGAUGUACUUUGCUGUUUAUAACAUGUACAUUGGAAAAAAAAGACAACCAAAGAACUUUAAUUACUUUUUAAUUUAUACUAUGUAAAUUAUACAAAUUUAAUUGUGUAAAAAAUUAGCUUAUACGUGUGAGUAUACCUGUGUUCCGUACGAGUGGUUCGAAUGAAUGUGAUUAGGAUUAUCUUUUGUUGUUUUACUUAGUUAAUUGGAGGUUGUUGAUCGCGAGAAUGCCGUUACGUAAAAUUCGUGUACAGUUUCUAUU